AAAAGGUCAAAAAGAGCAAAAAUCGCAGCAGAACGCGCGUUUUGCUCCGCCGAAGAAUAAGUUUGGAAAAAUCGGAAAAAUCCGUGAUAAUUUCGUGCGCGAAAACUCGAAACUGCCAAAUGUGCGAACGGUGGUGAAAUAUUUGCAGUGCUUCCCACACAAACAAUGAACUCGCUCGAGCUGGUCACCGGAAUGGUGGUGCCGGUGCUGGCCCUCGGCUUCGUCGCCGCCAUCGCUCUCGUCAAUCUGUUUUUCAGCGUGAGAAAACGCUUUCCGCUGCGCGUCAACUGCUGGUUCUGCAACACGGACACCUCCGUGCCGUACGCCAGCGGCAACUGCUGGCACUGUCCCAGUUGUACGCAGUACAACGGAUUCAAUGAGGACGGCGAUUACAACCGCGAGAUUCCGGAGCAGUACCGGGAGGCGCGUCCGCGCUCGAACGCCACCGACGACGACAAGAUGAUCGGGGGGCGGGCGCGCCUUCCGGCGCAGAACGGGUUGUGCUUCGGGUGCAACCGGAACCAGGAGCUGAAGAUUCACCAGCUGGCGUCGUUCGUGCCGGAGGUGGAGGAGAAUUACGACGCGGAGGUCGAGGAGUACCAGCGGCAGCUGGAGCAGGCGUACAAGUUGUGUGGGCGGUGCGAGCGGGUUGUGAAGCGGACGCUGAACGAUGUGAAGCGGAAUGUGCUGGGGGCGAAGCUGGCCCAGAUCGGGAACCGCGGGUUGAAGGUGUUGGAUUUGCACAUGGAGGUGAACGGGAAGCGGGAUGGGUUGCGGAAGAGGAGGACGGUGGGGAAUGUUUGCUUGGGGGGGAUUAUUUUGCUGUUGGGGAUGCGGCUUUGGGAGAGGGGAGUGGGGAUGGAGUUGAGCCGGGAUCGGUUGGAGGCGGUGUUUGGAACGGUGGUGGCGAAUGUGGCGUUGAUUGUGGUUUCUUACGCGGUGGCGAUGAAGGACACGCUGGUGGACCAGUGGAAUGCCACGCUGAAGCAUCCGGUUGUGGUGGAUGGGUUGGACCAGUUGGAGAGCGCUCGGAAUGUGAUUCAGGAGAAGUUCGGUUCUUACAGAAGGGCUGAAGUCCCGGAUAGUUUGCUGGAGGAGAUGCUGGUGGCGUCCGCCAAGGUUGAGGAACUCAUCGAUGGUCAGCAGAACGCCCUGUCUAAUUUGGCAUUGAUCUCGCUCGCUGGAAUGCUUAUUGCUGUGCGGUCUCGCGUGCCGAAGGUCAAACUGAUCGUGCUGAUUUGCUGCGGAGCUUUGGAGAUGAUCCUGCGAACGGAAGCCGGAGCGACACUCCUACUGACCAAGGGAACCACGAUGGCCACGGUAGAACUGUUCCUGUCGUCAAUCGCCCUGCUGACCGCGUUGAGUUGCGUCGGGCAAACGGAACCCCGGAUCGACCCCACAGACAACGUCAACUCAAGCUUCCACAAGAUCUACUCGCAGCAGAAAGGGGACGAAUCGUUGGCGCAGUCCGAGCUGGACGAAACCUCAACCAUUCCUCCUCAAGAAUCGUCACGCUGCUCGCACAAAGGAAUCGACCACUCGAUCCGCUCCAUAAACACAACCAAAUCGAUCAGCCCCUCCGUCCUAACCGCGUCCACAAUGCGACCCUUCCUGGAGCUCGACUCCUUCGCGACCUCUCCGCGCUCUCACUACGGCGGCUCCAUGGCCAGCGUCUACGCAAUGCACCAUCAAGACUCGUCCCUAAUCCCACCACCAGCCCCCUCCGUAAAAUCCUACGCCAGCCACCAAACCGGCUUCGGUUCCCUCCUCAAAGCCCCCUCCUUCUCCGUCGACAACUUCACCACGGCCUUCCCCGGAACCACCUCCAGCCGGCUCACCGGCUUCUCCAUGAACGCCAUCAACCAAUCCACCCAGCUCCUCCUCGCCGAGGACGACCGCGAAGCCUUCGACGACAUCGACCGGCUCAGCAUCAGCGGCCGCAUGUCCACCACCCGCAAGGACUACCCCACCAUGGUCAACAACCCCUUCGCCACCCACCACGUCGACCAGCUCAACGAAAGCUUCGCCUCCUCCGCUUCCUCCAUCCUCCGCCAGCGCACCUCAACCAUCUCCCCGCCCCAGUUCACCGCGACCCCGUCCGAGUCCUGGAUCGCCGGCGGCUACUGGCAAUCCCCGUCCAAAGACCCCGAACCCCACCCCAGCAACAACAACAACAACCCCUUCCUCUCCCGCACCUCCUCGCAAAGCUCCGGCUUCGAGUCGGCCCCGAUGACGCGCCGUCCCACCCCGGAAGAACCGGCCGCCAUGCCCGCGAUCGACCUCGAUCGCGUCUCGCUCUUCUCCGAACCCGUCGGCGUGUCGGCGCGACUCAACCAAACGUUGACCCUCCCAGCCGUUCCGCCGCCAUCGCCCCGCCGGAAUCUGUUUGGCGAACGGGGGUUGUUCGAGGCGGGAGGUGCGUCGUUUGAGCGGAGCAGCAGCUUCUUUCCCGCGAGCCGAUCGCACGUGAAUCUUGGCGCGAACGGGUGGCAGAGCGCGGGGCAGGCGAUGCCUGCGGCAUCCCCCAGGCAUCGGAGAAGUUUGCUCAACUUGAGCAAGCUGGGGGAGGUGCAGUUGCCACCGAAUUAAUGCUUUUUUGUUAGUUUUGUCAUUUUUUUUGCUAGGAGAAAAAUAAUUCUUUUUAGUUUUAGUGAAAUUUAGUUUUAUUCAAAGCAUCCUUUCAUGCCGCGUUAGGUUUAGCAUUUGUUUGUGAUACAGAGACUGAAUGAGGGGGAAAGCGAUUUACAGAUGAUAUCUAACACACACUGCCAUAACACGAAAGACACAAUAGAAGCCAAUAAAGUAACCAAUACUGCCAAUUUACUCAUCAAGAAGCAAAAAUAAACUCAAAUAAAGGAUGAUACAACAAGAAAACUCAAAGAGCUUGCACUAGGUUUAGGUCGUUAGAUAGUAAUGUGCGAUAUUUAAAUAAAGGAUUGUCUAAUAAAAACAAACAAAACAC